UCAACAUUUGCUUGCACGUCCUCUAUAAACCAACACUAUAGUCUAUUACCCACUUGUAUUAAUAUUAAUUCGGACCCAUCUUAAAAGGCUAAUAACAUUAACACCCAAUUAUCUCUCCCCCAAUCUCUCUCUCUCUUUCCGGAUAUACACACAAAACACAAGCACAUAAAUAUCAUUGGUAUUAUUAUUUAUCUUCGCAGCCAAAGCAGCUUCAGGACCAUGAGAAAUAGAUUCAGUAACCACCAAUUUGUUGCCGAGCCGGAAGAUUCCGACAACUCGCCGGAAAACAGCGCCGGAGACUCGCCGCGUUCCGCCGCGUCGGCUGAUGUCAAGAUCGCCUUCGCCUCUACUUCAUCUUCCAAAAGAGGUAGGAGGGCCCUACACAAGAGAGUGGUGUCAGUGCCAAUCAAAGACGUUGAAGGACUGAGGCUCAAAGGGGAUCAGACGAGUUCUCCGCCGUCCGAUUCAUGGGCCUGGCGAAAAUACGGCCAAAAGCCCAUUAAGGGUUCCCCAUAUCCCAGAGGAUACUAUAGGUGUAGUAGUUCAAAAGGAUGUCCGGCACGUAAGCAAGUUGAGAGAAGUAAAUUGGACUCUAAAAUGCUAUUGGUCACAUACUAUUGCGAGCACAACCACCCUUUUCCGGCCACUCGAAACACCCACCGGAGCUCUGGCGCCACCACCGCCGUAACUCCGGCUUCCGAUGAGGCAGAGCAAGAAGAAGAGGGGGAAGAAGAAGAGACUAAACCCGACAUUAAUUUGUCGAACAACAAACAAGAUCAACCUCUUCAUGAAAUAAUUAUGAAUUCGAAUUCGAGAUUUUCAGGUCUCGAUGACUCGCCGUUAGCCCAAUAUUCCGGCGAAUUUGGGUACUGGCUAAGUGAUUUUGACUGCGCUGGUGAUUUAUGCCCGAUGCUCGAAAGUCCAAUUUUGACUGACGAGACCGAGGUUUUCGCAAUGUCGGAGCAGGACGAGCCGCUUUUUGCCGAUCUCGGUGAGCUGCCGGAGUGCUCGGCGGUUUUCCGGCGGCGGUGGCCGUUGGGCGUGGCCGCCACAACCGGCUGAGGUGGCAUCUUGUUUUGUUUUGUUUGUCCUUAAUUUUCUAUAGGAAAUAGAUAUUUGGGUAUUGUAGGCCAUAAGAAUAAUAAGAUAACCUAGUUUCAUUUUUUUGGUUUUUGUUUGUUUUAUGAAGUAAUGAUUUUAUUACUUUUCCUUUUUUUGGAAUUUUUUUUUUUAAAUGUAAUUCUUGAAUUGAUUUUUCAACGUGUAGUGGUUAGAGAAUAUAAAUGAUUGGUUGGCGGGUUUGAUGUCGCGAUUGUCUUGUAAUUAGUGUGUUUGUCGAAAUCAACGUGUAGUGGUUAGAGAAUAUAAAUGAUUGGUUGGCGGGUUUGAUGUCGCGAUUGUCUUGUAAUUAGUGUGUUUGUCG